AUGACGGAACACAUCUAGUAGUCUGUGUACAUGGCAGAGCUGGUAAGUAAAAACUAUUUUAAGAUUGGAUUCUGACACCAACACUUGCGGGUGUUUUGUCCUAUGCUAUACCAUUGCCUUGCCCUGUUAAAAAACAGCUUUAUUUCUUCUCUAGGUUCCGAAUAUGAUCUUGUAUUAGUAAGACCUUACAUCGAGUGUGGCGUGACACAUGGAAAGACCGACUUCCUAAUGUCUAUGUACAACAAGGGCUCCACCUCUGAAGAUAUUGAUUAUUUGGCCAGCGGUCUCCUAAUUGAAAUAUUAGAGCACAUAGGAAGCAAAAAGCUCAUUAUUGCCAGAAUCAGCUUUAUUGGCUUCUCUCUGGGCGCUCUGGUAAUACGCGCAGCUCUGUGGAGACCUGAAUUUGAAGCCUUCCUUGGAAACCUGCACACUUUCCUCUCCUUUGGUGGACCACAUAUGGGUCUUAUGUGCCACAGCAGAAAUCUGUUUAAAACUGGCCUGUGGCUUGAGCAGCUGUUCGAUAAAUCUGUCUCCGUAUCCCAGAUGGCAUUCACAGAUCACAAAGACCCAAGACAAACGUUCCUGUACAAACUUAGCCAGAAAACAGGCUUGGAACACUUCAAGAAUGUGAUUCUAGUGAGCGCGUUACAAGAUCACAUUGUUCCCUAUCACUCCACUCGUAUUGAAAUGUGCAAAGCUGCUCUGAAGGGAGAUGAGAUAGGUAAGGGUCUCACUUUUAAACAUAUGUCUACUGAAUGGAGUACAUGCACCAUUGAAGCACGAGCCAAUUCUCCACCAGCCAAGACUCCCACAAUGCCUUGCACACUGCUGUGAUUCUUUACAGGUUUGUUUAUCACAGAACAUACAUCAGACUAAGGAAAGUAGGCCUCUUGGCUGGAGGAGAGUUGACCCCUGCUAAAUAGUUCUAGCUGUACAUUUUAUUUAAAACAUUUCCAGCACAUAAAGAAGGUGCACAAGUCUUUGCAGGAUAAGUUUGUUGCUGUAAUGGAAAGGCUACCGUAUAUUUAUUAAUAAUGUUUUCCAUUUCCUUUUCAGGAACUGUUUAUACAGAGAUGCUCCGAAACACCCUUGAGCCUAUUCUAAACAACAAGAACUGUAACUUUGUGAGAUACGACGUUAGUUUUGAUGUGCCCAAAUCAUUCAAUUCUUUCAUUGGACGUACGGGCCACUGCGCAUUCGUUUCAUCUUGGCAAUUUUUGGAGAACUUCUUUCACAAUGCUGGCCUGAAAUAUUUUGAAUAGAAGAAAUGUGAUGCCCGACAUGUUUAAUGCUAUUGAAGUGCCAGAGACAUGGAGUUGCAGAACCUUUACUACCUUGUUGCACAAUGAACUAACAACACUGACUUCUCUUCUACACUAUACGAGCUGACGCCAAAGGCAAAAGAAGAAGAAGAUUCCAGAAACAUCUUUAACUUACAGCGCUGCAUAUAUCCAUGUAUAUUUCCUUAUACUGUAUAUACCUUUGUAUGUAGCACUUUGUAUAUAAACAUUUGUAAAAUUUAUAUAUUCUUUGUUAC